GGAUAAACUGCCGUUGGAUAGAGCUUUGGGUUUGCAGUGGUGUAUCGAGACGGAUACUUUUAAAUUCAAACUGAAAGUCAAGCAGAAACCAGCAACCAAGCGAGGCAUGCUAUCCAUCAUUGGUUCAGUCUACGAUCCAUUGGGGUUUCUGGCACCUCUAAUACUCCCGGCCAAGCUGCUGUUGCAUGGGUUAUGUAGGGCAAAGUGUGACUGGGAUGAUCCAAUACCUCCAGCUUUCCAGCAGAAGUGGAAUAAAUGGCUGAUGGAUCUUGAGAAAGUGGCAUAUUUCCGGAUCCACCGAUGUGUGAAGCCUGCAGGAUUUGGGAGGAUUGUCAGCGCCCAGUUGCAUCACUUCGCUGACGCGAGUGAAAGCGGCUAUGGUACGGCUACUUACCUGAGGAUGCAGAACAUGGAUGAGAGGGUUCAUAUUACAUUCUUAUUUGGCAAAUCCCGAGUGGCCCCUUUGAAGACUAUCACCAUUCCCCGUCUAGAGCUUACCGCUGCCGUUGUUGCAGUACGAGUGGACAAGAUGCUUCGAGCGGAGCUUCAGUUUCCACUAAAGACGACCUGCUUUUGGACCGACAGCACAUCAGUUCUUAAGUAUAUAAAGAAUGAGGAUCGAAGAUUUCAAACCUUUGUAGCAAAUAGAGUAACCACCAUCAGGGUGAACUCGGAAAUUGAGCAGUGGAGAUACGUUCCCACAUCCCUGAACCCUGCUGACUACGCUUCACGUGGAUUGAAGGCAGAAGAUCUU